GGUAAACAAAGAUGGCGGACAUAAAUCGAGCUGGAACGCCUAUGGAUGUUUGUGAUGAGGGUUUAACAGAAACGCAAGGCUCCAUAAAUCAAAGAAAAAGAGAAUUACAAGAGAAACAACGGACUCGAUCACCUUUCUUGAUUGGGUCAAUUGACGAAGUGAGUAGAAGAAUAGGUAAAUUAGAUCGUCAAUUACAGAAAUAUACCCAGUUAGUGUGUGAGAGUCGAUUGUCAGAUUACUCAGCAAGUCAAGAUGAGAUACCUGUUAGUUCACGAGAUAGAGACAGAUAUAUCAAGAAAGAGAAAGAAAAUAGAGAAGUUCUCAAGUUUGCUGGAUAUUACACACUUAAAACAUCAUUUGUACCUGGAUUAAGUAACAGAGCGAAGAAUAUAUCAAAGAUCAGUAUGAACCCCAGUAAAACCACACUUACAAAAAACAAAGAUACUGGAAAGCCAAAAUUUGUUGAGUUACAACAAUAUCCAGGUUUUGAUAAGUUAGAGUUAACUCCCCUACCUGCCGAUAUGGAUGCUGUAGAUAUGUUAUUAAUCGUGUCACAAGCCACCAUGGCUCUACAUCGAAAGCCAAGGUAUAAACCAGAAUUCGAAAGAUUAUUUUAUUCAAAGAUGUCACAAGCCAUUGUUCAGGACAUAUUUUGGUGGUUUUUCUUGGAGAAGUUUCAGCCUGGUACCACAGCUCAACCUAAGUUAUUUAAUCGUAUCGCCCAUAAUUACGUUAAACUCUUAGUUUACUGUAAAAUAAAGGUCUAUAAGGAAACGUUCUUCAAGGAUUAUCCACUACUGAUGGCACAAGCUGUUUAUGUUUCGUUCUGUCAUGCUUUUCCCGAUUCUUAUCGUCAAUUUGGUGUGGAUUUUAAAGAUGAGUUGUUGAUGUUAAUUUCACAGUGGAUGGCAGGAGUUCGACCAGCCCCUAGAAUGUGGACAUCAUGGAAUUUUGAUAAACUAGAUCCACCUAACAUCAAAUCACGAGAUGAGAUACUACCUCAAAAUAAUAAAAAAUCAUCCCCAGCAUUAAACUUGGAUUACCUUGAUACACUGAUGGCCAGACAGCUGAGUCACGGUGGCUCCGUCACGUCACUCAGUCAAGCAGGUUCUAAAUCAUCAAUUUCAUGGGGAACAAAUAAAGUGAUGGGUCGUAAUCAACAGAAUCGUUGUCAUACGACAAAUAACCAACACCCGCCGUCACCCAAGUGUCAAUCACCGAUAUCGUCUGUAGAUUUCACUAUAGAUGCCGUGGACAAGGCCCAGACAUCACCAAGAAGACAAGGAAUUCUGUUACAGAAGUCAAGUGGAGAACCACGGAAACUGGAUCCUCUUACCCCGAUACAAGAGAUCACUUGUGAGGGUGAAGAUAUCUCAGAGAAAACUAAAAUGUCCUACUUAUCGUCGUCACUUAGUAAAGAUCUUCUUAGUCGACAUCAGUACGAGUCUCAUCCAGCAUGUAAAGGUCCAGAUUACAUCAAGGCAUCGUUUAAUGUUUUUGGACAGAGCCCUCUGGUGGCACAUUUUCUACGAAUGAAGCAGUUAUCUACAGUAUCGGGCGUAAAUGUUCGAGUUCAAAGAACUGAGUUGGAAAACCUACCAUCAUAUCCUUGUCUACAUAGCCUACAUUAUGGCAUCAUCUUUCACAACUUUUGGUUUCCCUUUUAUUUUUUUGGGUGGAGUGGGUUGAAUGGUCUAACACAUGCGCUUUCGAUCAUAAGGUUUGUUAUUGAGCCAGGAGCCAUGGUGGCUAAGUGGGUAAGACGCUAGCUCGCUAGCCUGGGGGUCGGGUGUUCGAUCCCUGCAUUGGCCGAGAAAGUUCAUCAGGACUUUCCGACGUGGUUUCCCCUUGUCAGUGGUCUAGGAUGUAGGGCUGUCUAGUUGUUCAGAAGGGACCAUGUAAACACUGGCGUGCAUAUAAAAGAUCUCUUGGCAGUUGGAAUUUGACAUAAGAGUAGGCCAUAGUGUUGCUGUCCGGGCAAAAUUUCCCUCAUCGCACACUGUAUGGCGGAUGCCUGUCUUCAGUAGCCCAGUUAAGGAACAGAACAGUAGGAUGUUAAACCCCAUUUCAUUUUCAUUUCUUUCUUAUUAAGCCGA